CCACGAUGCCGCUGGAAGAAGCCCUUGCAGAGCUAAAUACUUUAGGCCCUACUAAAGACUUUUUGUACAGAAAGCUUGCUAAAAAACACAGUUGUUGUCACACAACAUUAAUCUGCAGGCACAAGGGCAAAUGCGCGUCGCGUAAAGCUAAGGCAGAACACUAGAUAGUUCUCUACCCACGCAAUGAAGUAGAGGUUAUGCAGUACAUUAAAUUGCUUACAGA